AUGAAGCUCACAACAGAAAGGCUGCUCCUCGCUGCGGCGCUCUUGCUGGUGCUGGCCUGUGCGGCACCGCGGCAAUGCGCCGGACUGCCUUGGGAAGAGGCCCAGCGCGUGCUGUACAACCAGCAGCUACUACGGAGUGGUGGUGGCAACGGCGCGGCCACGGUGAGCAAGCGCGACCUCAUCCUCGACUUCCCCAUGUGCCCCAACCACCCCCGUGCCGUCCCUCAAGCUUUCAUCAACCAACGCUUCAUGCCGGAGCGGCUGCGCGAGGCCAUCAAGAACAUCAGUGCUUCUUUCCAAACGGCAGCGCAGGCGAACGGGGUCCAAGCGCUGUCGGUGGGCAUCGUGUACGACCAGGAGCUCGUGUGGGAGCAGGGCUACGGCCUCAUCGACCCCUCCGACCCCUCCUCACAAGUGGACGCGAACACGAUCUACCGCGUGGGAUCGAUCACCAAGCUGAUCACCAACAUCAUGCUCUUCCAGCUGAGGGACCAGGGCAAGCUCUCGCUCGACGACCCCGUCAGCAAAUACGUGCCGGAGUUGGUGUGGCCGACGCCCUUCAAGAACAACCCCGGCAUCACCUGGCGCUCCCUCGCCGGUCAGAUCAGUGGCCUGACGGGAGCGACACCCUGCAACUUUUUCACCAUCUUGGAGCCCUUCCUGGGCGAUGCAUGCGAGAUCUCCAACGCCGAGGCGUGGAAGCGCGUCACGGCCGAUCCGCCGUCGGUGCCGAUGUGGCAGGACCCGCAUUACGCCGACGGGGCCUACGCCAUCAUCGGGCGCGCGCUAGAGUCCGUCGUGGGCAUGUCCUACGAGGACUACAUCACCCAGCACAUCUUCAAGCCCCUCGGAAUGGACAGCUCGUUCUUGGCCUACAACUCGUGGUCGGACAUGGCCAAGAGGGUGCCGCCGGGCAAGGUGGGCAAUACCACCUUCCCGUCGUUUGUGGCGCACGCCGACCUCAACUGGGCACGCGCGACUGGCAACGUGUACUCCACAGUGAGGGACCUGGCCAAGCUGGCGUCGCUCUUUAUGGUGGGCCAGGACGAGCGCAAGAACGUGCUGGGCAUCUACUCUAGCACGCUGCGCGAGAUGCUCACCCCGUCGUUCGUCAAUGACGAGCAGACGAGCGGGUACGGGUACCCGUUCGAGGUGUACCACAGCCGCGCCUUUGGCAAGGACAUGCCGCCCUACUGGGUCCGCAUCAAGGCCGGCAUGAUGCCGGGCUACUUCAGCGUGCUGGCCAUGUUCCCCGAGGUCAAGACCGCGAUGAUCAUGCAGACCAACAGCCUCAUGAUGCCGUGGGAGCAAAUCGCCCUGCUGCUGCCGGCCAUCGAGCAGACGCUGUGGGACCUGCAGCCGACCCCCAACAAUCCGGGCAACCUCACGGCCUACGCGGGUACCUACGUGGCAUCCGUUCUCGGCGGGUUCAUGUCGGGCAAUGUCACCGUGACGCCUGAUCUGCCCAACCACCAGCUCCUCAUCGCCUUUAGCCUCGCCGGAGUUGGCAGCGCACCGGCCAGUGUGGGCGCGUCGUUGGCCGUGUGGGAGCACGACAACACGUUCCGCAUGCUGGGUCCGAACCCGGGCACCGCUGGCUGCAUGUACGUCGAGACCGGUUACACCAACGUGCUAGUCCACUUCAAGGUAGGCGACCCCUCGUGGUUCGGCGGACCCACCCAGGUCGUGUCGUUCGAGGCGCCCACCGACCCCUUCUACGGCUGGGUCUUCACCAAGCAGUGA